CCUAUUGUUUGUACUUAUUUAACUCCAAGGAGAUGUUGAACGGAUUAUAGCUCCAUAAAAAAAAUAGAAUUAUGUAAAGGAUAGCUGUACUCACAACACAGGUAACAAUGAUGACAGUAACUUGGUAUGGUUUGAUUGUAAUUAUUGGGAUUCACAAGACCCAUCAGCAUGGAUAUCUGGCUGACCCCCCGCAGAGAUCUUCUGUUUGGCGGGAGAAUCCAGACGCUCCUGUUAAUUAUAAUGACAAUCAGCUGUACUGUGGAGGAAGGGAGAAUAUGCGUUUACACGGAGGAAAAUGUGGCACGUGUGGAGAUCCGUACCAAGGACCACGUGAGAAUGAAGCAGGGGGAAAGUAUGCACGAGGGAUUAUAACCCGGAAAUACCCAUCUUAUAAACGGAAGCUUCCGGUUAAGAUAGUUCUUACAGCUUAUCACAAAGGUUAUUACGAAUUCAAAAUAUGUUCUCAUAACAAUCCAAAUUCAGCUGUAUCACAACGAUGUCUUGAUCGGCAUCCCCUGAGAAUUGUGGAAGGGAGCAGACGAUACAGAACACGGUAUUACCCAAAUGACAGUGGAGUUCAUCACAUGACUUUACUCCUACCACGUGAUAUGAAAUGUACACAGUGUGUUCUGCAGUGGAGGUAUCGAACAGGUAACAGUUGGGGAACUAAUAGCAACGGUCAUGGUUGUAUAGGAUGUGGUAACCAGGAGGAAUUCUGGAAUUGUGCCGACAUACAAAUUGGCUACAACACCCGAUAUAAAGAUAUUUCUAAGACAUUCUCUCAUUCUGGUGACAGCAGUGACGACGAUUCAAACAUACAAAUUGGCUACAACAACGUUUAUAAAGACACUUCUCAGACAUUCCCUCGUUCUGGUGACAGCAGUGACGACUAUUCCGACAAUCAAGGUCAUGACACGUUAAAACAAGCUGGUAUAACUAUACUUAAUCACUUCUUCUCUCCCUUUGAUUUGUAUAGUAACAAACACUCGAUUACAUCACAAAAGGACAAGAUUACAUCACCAAAGAACGAGAUCUCGUCAUUAUUUCUACAAUCAGUAAAUAAAGGAAAUAUUAACCAGAAGCCACGGAAAUCAAGCAUGUCAAAAUUAUCAUCUGUUUCGAAUUUUGGAAGAACUGACCAAAAAACUGACCAAUUAUCUAAGAACAGAAUUUUGAACAAUGUAAAUAUUGGAAGACAUCAAAUUCAAAAAUCAAAUAUUCUACAAAAAUAUGUACAAGACAGUGACAUUAGCGAUGACAGUAGUGACAUUGACAAUGUUGAAGAAAGUAAUAACAUAGAAAUAGACAAUUCGUUCAAUCUACAAAAACAAAACCCACGAAAUCCAUUUCCUACAACGAAGACCUCAGAAAUCCAGAAUUGGGGUCAAACACCGACACUAACUGUUACUAGGGAACCAGUACAUCCGCCACUGUCUCCAUGGUACUCUUUAUUUGGAGGUAACCAUGGUAACGUACAAGUAUCAUUUGUACCUGACCAUGAUUUGAAACUUUUACAUCUUUUCGGUAAAUGAAGGUGACACCUUAGCUUAAACCACAUGACUAAAACCAGUACAUUGAGAGUUUAAUAACUAUGGAAAUGAGAACACAAUAUGUUGGAGAAUAGGGAAAUUCUAACCCGUAAGAGAAAUAAGAUACAUAUACGAUUGUAGAUGUUGAAAUUCUAUCAUUAUCAAGCAUGUCUUAAAACAAGUCAUUCGAGACAAAAGGAACCAGAAUUUGAGAUACUCCGCAGAAGUAUCACCACUAAUUUCCCGUAAUCCUACUUUAUCUGUACUAUGUGUAUAGCUAGAAUGUUUUAUAUAAACACUAGAGAGAAUGUACUAUUAUGUAUCUGGAAAGUCAAAUGUGUUGUAAAGGUUUUGUUUAUGGCCGACGAUGCAUCUAAAACUGACUAAUGAUAAUCAUUACCAAUAAAAUAAAAAUGUCCAAAGUCAACAUUCCAUCUCACAAACCGUCAUAAAGUAAUCCAAUAUGUACGAUCACACAAGUAGCUGGAAUUAUUUAUACGUUCAGGUUGUACUAUCAGUACGAUCACACAAGUAGCUAGAAUUAUUUAUACGUUCAGGUUGUACUAUCAAAGCUUUACUUUUAUGUACGAUCACACAAGUAGCUGGAAUUAUUUAUACGUUCAGGUUGUACUAUCACACAAGUAGCUGGAAUUAUUUAUACGUUCAGGUUGUACUAUCAAAGCUUUACUUUUAUGCAGU